AUGUCUUUUUCAUCAGAGGAAUACGAAUAUUGCUACAGAAAUGAUUUGCUCAACGAAAAAGCUGCGAAUUUUGGUAAUGGAUCUUUCGACGAGGUCAUUAGUAGCAUUAUGAAGAAAAAACAAUAUGUCGAUCCUAAUGUCAUUAUUUAUGGUUUAGCAGCAGUUUUUGGUAUCAGUGGGAGUUCAACAAUUUUGUACAUUACUCUAACGGAGCAGAUAAAGAGGCCUUCGUCGAUAUAUCUAAUGGUCCUUUCCCUCGACAGAGUAUUAGCGAUUGUCCCGAUGAAAAGUACCAAGAUGAUCAAUAUGCUACAGAAUAGACGAAAAACGCCUGGUUUCGCCAUAGUAGUAUGCAUAUUUAUAUGGAUACUGUCACUUCUCGUCGUGUUUCCUUCGAUUUUAGCAACUCGACUGGAGCGCCAAUACGCUGGAAUAUCAUGGGAUUGUGUUCAAUGCUAG